UCGGCCUUUUGAAGUGGUACAUUGUAUAUGCAAUAUUAACUACAGCGUUAACGGAUACAUAACCUUCGGAUUGACACGGACAAACAAAAAGUUUUUUGAAACCAUCCUCGACCCCACCGAAAGUCGUUCGUAAUUGCAAAAUGUCCCGUCCGUCAUCUAAACCAGUUUCAGUUCAAAUCAGAACGUUAGCCGCAACCACGACUUAAAAUGAUUACUCAUUCAAAGGAACAAACAGCGACAUCCGAAGAGUCACUGAGUCCGAACGUACGGGUGUCGGACGAGCAGUAUGGGUGUCGGACGUGCAGACCAAAGUUCUUGCAGGUGUUUAACGGCAUCAGAUGGCACGUGUUUUGGCAGUGCGUGUUUAAUUUCUUCGAGGGAUUCAUUGUGAAUGGUGUUAUCAACGUCAUCAUUCCGUCACUGGAAAAGCGAUACGAGAUGUCUAGCUCUCGCUCCUCCAUCAUCGCUAGCUCUAACGACGUUGGUGCAUUAAUUGUGCUCAUCUUCAUUAGCUAUUAUGGAGGCCAGAGGAACAAGCCGCGUAUCAUGGCAGCAGGAGUGUUCCUCAUGUCAGUCGGGAGUCUCAUAUUCUCCCUUCCACAGUUCCUGGGGGACAAGUAUAUUUACACAGCCUCAGGUGGAACCAAUGGAACGCAAAACUUUUGUAUAAAAGAAAGCAGUGAAAAAUCUAGUAAUGCAUGUCAAGAGGGAAUAUCGGACAACUUUGCAUAUAAUGGAUACUAUGCAUGCUUUUUAAUUGGCCAAGCGCUUCUAGGAAUCGGAGCCGUCCCAAUGUAUACUAUUGGUCUAACGUAUAUCGACGACAACUGUAAACCAAAACUGACGUCAUUUUACUUAGGGUGUACAAUGUGUUCAGCAGCCGUUGGUGUAGCCGUCGGGUACAUGGUUGGAGGUCAGACACUGUCGUACUUCGUAGAUGCAGAUAAAGUGGAUCCUUCCAUCAUUCCCCUCACUCCGGUUGACCCUCAGUGGGUGGGAGCUUGGUGGAUCGGGAUAUUGAUAGCCUUCUUCUCCUUCCUGCUUAUCGCAUUCCCUCUCCUUGGAUAUCCACAACAACUACCAGCUACAAACGAACACAUCACUAGCCUGCUGAGCAAGUCAAUACACAAUGGGGGUGACGACGAGACGACCACCAGACCAAACUUCGGCAAAUCUUGGAGAGACUUUCCACGAUUUUUCUUUUUAUUGAUCAAGAACCCAGCGUUUCUGUGUGUAUGCCUUGCUUCCACUACAGAAGCACUCUUCGUAGGCGGAUUAGCGACAUUUGGAUCCAAACUGCUACAGGAAAUGUAUCAUGUUGACCUCACAAGUGCCGGGUUUAUAAUGGGAUUAAUAACCAUUCCCGGAUCUGGAGGUGGGAUGUUUCUUGGUGGAUAUCUCGUGAAAAAAUUCAGUAUGGAUUUCAAGGGAAUCGUUCGCUUCUCUGGUAUAUGUAUGUUUGUUUGCAUGCUGUUUGCACCGUCAUUCCUCGCCGGCUGCCCUAGUCGACCAUUAGCUGGAAUUACUGGAAACUACAAAUUCGAGAGCGCCAAAACUGGACUGACAUCUGACUGUAACCAGGACUGCUACUGUACCACGGCCAGGUACGAGCCGGUCUGUGACGGUAACCACACUGUUUACUUCACGCCCUGUCACGCCGGAUGUACGGCCGUCAACGUCAAUGGAGACGUCAAGGAAUACUUUAACUGUAGCUGUAUAACGGGAGGGCUGAGUGCUCUGUCAUCAGAGAAGUUAAGGAGUGACGCGAUAGGAGGCUCCUGUAUAGAUCAGUGCCCUUGGUUCUACGUGUUCUGUGUACUGCUGUUAUUUAUCAUGCUGUUCACGUUCAUGACAAUACCAGCCAUCACGACGUCUACGUUCCGAUGCGUUGCGUCACAGCAGCGGUCCCUCGCUCUCGGAGUACAGUUACUGGUCACAAGACUUUUAGGAACAACGCCUGGACCAAUCCUGCUGGGAACAAUAAUAGACAGCGCAUGCUCAGUGUGGCAGGAGAGCUGUGGACAAAUCGGUUCUUGUUGGACAUACCGGAAGUACGAACUGAGCAUGCGCCUCAUGGUUUGGAUGGCAACACUGAAAUUUCUUGGCGCUAUUUUCACAUUGAUUGCUUAUAAAAUGUAUGUAUCACCGCCAAACGAGGACAAUUUUGACGGCAUAUCGAAAAGGAGUGUUACACCAACCCGUUGCUGAAAAUGUUGAUGGUUAACUUUCUUCAAUAAAACUGUGACAAUCUCAUCACUUGAUGCGUCAUGCAGAUUCAUGUAUUGCGCCUGUUGAAAGUUAUAUUUACUGUGUCAUGUAUCUCAUGUGGAGAAGAGUUUCACACUUCGAAACCAGUAAAAUGUAUAUACUUAGUUAUAUGAUGGUGGAAGAUUUUAAUAUGCUAAUUAAUGUUUCAUUGUCGUCAAUGAGGCAGGAGACGAUUCACCUUCCGGAAUGCUUGGUCCGUAUACUUUGUAUCAAGGAUCUCUAUGCACAUCAUCAUAAUGUAUCCUAGUUUUACCUUAUUUUACGGUUUUGUUACAUUUGGAAAUGUUUUGUUUUUUGAAGGUUAUAGAGACACGGAAUAUCAACAUUACAGUAAUAUGUUUUUUAAAUAAUGUGUAUAUUCUUUUAAGGCAAAUUAAGGUAUGGUCCAUGGAAGCAGUUCUAAUUUCUGAUUUACACUCUACCUAUGCUCAUAUAUAUAUUUUUUCACAUAUCAUGUAUUUGUUGUUUAAAUGGAGCCUCUGGAAAGAUUUUCCUGCUGCUGACUUACUGCACAUGUGUAUGUUUCAAGAUAUUUCUUUUUACAAUUGUUACCGGGUGAUCCUUUAAAGGAGUACAUGCUUUCCCCGCUGGUUAUCUUGAUAGUUAUAUAUAUAUUUAAGGGGUUUCAUGAUUUUUUGUUUUGUUGAAUCUACUUUGAGUUCGGGUUUUGUCCUAUAUUAAGUAUAUAAUUUAAAGGAACUAACAACUGUAGUUCAUUUUGUUGUAACUGAGUCAAAAAAGCUGAAUAGUACGCGAAGGCUUUUUUUGCCAUAAUUGUAUUGGCCUCAGACGUCAAUUUUCUAAAUAAAUGUAAGGCAUACGAGCAAAUUUGGUAACAUACAAAGGUCACGAGCAAAUUUAGUCACAUACAAAGGUCACGAGCAAAUUUAGUCACAUACAAAGGUUACGAGCAAAUUUAGUAACAUACAAAGGUUACGAGCAAAUUCAGUAACAUACAAAGGUUACGAGCAUAUUCAGUAACAUACCAAAGGUUACGAGCAAAUUUUGUAACAUACAAAGGUUAAGUUAAAUUUGUAUCAUUUAAAAAAAGUCAAACUGAUUUUAAAGAGGUAUUGCCCCUAUCCAAGAUCGCUAACACAAUCCAAAUUGAUGAUACGUUAAAUACACUUGCAAAAGGGUUUAUUACACUGGAAAUCCUGUGUAAAGAGCAUGAAUCGGUUGAGUAGUAAUCAAUGGCCAAUUGUUCGUUGAAAAGCUUUACAUUGUUUGUACUUCUGCAUGAACAUACCAAAUAUUAAAGCAGUUGCUUCCUUUAACAUCAGUGAUUAUCUAGCUCAAAAUCAUCUAUGGUUCUGUCCAAGACAUAGCGUAUGAUAUAAUUUAAAGCAUACGAGCAAAUUUGGUAACAUACAAAGGUUACGUGCAAAUUAAGUAACCUACAAAUGUUACGAGCAAAUUUAGUAACAUACAUAGGUUACUGAGGACUUGUGUUUCGUAAAUGUGUAUGAUACAGUUUGAUACAACAGGUGUUCUGUUUUCAUUUUGCCUAUAAUAAAGGUGAAAGGAAGCAUACCAUACAAUAUUAUUUAUUUCUAACGGGUAUAUAUGAAUUACGUGUGUAAGUUAUACCACCUACGUGUCAACAGAAGUGAAGAUUUAACACAGGAGUCAACACAGGUAUAAAUUAUUUGUUCAUAAACGCAUCAUAUAUGAAGUAACAUAUUGAAUAUAAACAAAAGUAGUUAUGUUCAAAAUGUAUCACAUAUUUUUCUUGCAUUUAAAAUGUGCGAAAAAGCAGUUGAUGAUUAUUCAUAAUUUGCUGUUUAUAUACUCGAUAGCGAGAUUUUUGGCAACUAAGCUCUAAUAUCUAACACUGUUAUAGCGGUUAUGUUGAGAGUAUGGAAACAAUAAGGGAUAUACCGUUUGCAAUGUUUAUUUAAAUCAUACGAACAUACGAAACCAAAUGUGUCCGUUUUCAACCCGCACUUGAACUUUUAUUUCAUUACUUGUUACGAAUAUUUUCUGAAAAUUAUUUAGAUCGAUUCAGUUUACUAUACUGUAGAAAACACAUUUUGUUAAUUAAUGCUAUCAUCACCAAGGAAAAAGAGAAUCGAUAGAUGAAAAUGCUCAUGAAAUACAAAUAAAUAAAAUA